GAGAGAGAGAGAGAGGGAGAGGAGUAAGGAGUGGGUUGGUUUGUUAUACAGGAAUACUCACUGCUAUCUCUGUCAGGUCCUCAAAACCAUAAGACACAAGUUCAGAGAAGAAGAGCUCAUUCUGAGCCCAAGAGUGGAAUAAAGGACAGACAGAGGACAGAGUUGGAGGAGAAGGGUGCCUAGGGGUGAGUGUGGCUCACCCUCCUGAUCAGCUGUCACCUCCGUCCCACGUGGGUUCUGCUUUCUUAAUUCUCCUCACAGCCGCUGUUGCUGCUGCUGCCGCCGCCGCUGGCAAGCUCGGUCUUGGAUGGAGGAGGUGCGAGGAGACGGGGCUAUGGAGCAGAGGGAGCGUGCCGACCAGCUGUCUGAGGCGGAGACGGGCAUGAUCCAGGACACAUGGGGACGCGUCUACGAGAACUGUGAGGAUGUGGGAGUCGCUAUCCUCAUCAGGUUUUUUGUGAACUUCCCCUCGGCCAAGCAGUACUUCAGCCAGUUCCAGGACAUGGAAGACAUGGAGGAGAUGGAGCGGAGCACUCAACUCCGGAAGCACGCCCAGCGCGUCAUGAAUGCCCUCAACACCGUGGUCGAGAACGUCCACGAUCCAGACAAGGUGGCCUCCAUCCUCAACCUGGUGGGCAAGGCACACGCAAUAAAACACAAGGUGGAGCCCAUGUACUUCAAGAUCCUCAGCGGUGUGAUUCUGGAGAUUCUGUCUGAGGACUGUCCCGAAUCCUUCACCCCGGAUGUGCAGAGGGCCUGGACCAAGCUGAUGGGCCUUGUGUACUGGCAUGUGACCGGGGCCUACACCGAAGCCGGCUGGGUGCAGCUUUCCAGCUCUGCCGUGUGACUGGGGAACCGGGUCCUGCUGCACCCCCAUGUGGCCGUCCUUGACCAACACUACUGAUUUGUUUUAAAGCCUGCGGGCGUCUUUCUGGUGCCCGUCCGCAAAGGGGCCGGACUGGGUGGGAAUGUGUAGGGCUUAGCCAAGCAGAGAGGAGAGUCUGGAGAUUGUCUGGAAAUAGUAUAUAAAAAAAAUGCCAACCGCUUUCGAGGGCCUUUUCCUGCUCUGCGCCGAGGCACCUUCACUUGUAAAUGUAACUGCCAAGUUGUCGUCCGUGUCGUCUCAGAUCUGUGAGUGUGUUAAUAGGAUUGCCCUCCUUAGAGAUUUACUGGUAUCCACCUGGACCCUCGAUUCUAUACUCCGGGGGGUGUGGAUUCCCUCCCCCCCUCAUGCCUCUCCUGCUCCGUCAGUCUGCACGCGCUUGUGAUUUCCUUUCGCGCUCCAGAAAUAUAUGCACACAUACACACACCCAGAAAAAUGGCAUGUUGGGAUAAUACAAUAUGGCGCGUUGCCGCGACGAUGCACCACUUCACUGCAUCAAUGAGGAGUAAGGACACUCUUAAGCAUGUGCACAGCUCGGUCCACGUAGACGACACAUGCAGCAAAGCAUCCAUCAGCUGAAGGUCACUAGAAACAUAUCAGACCUUCUCCACGCAUAUGCAUUCGUUUGUCCUUUCAUAAGUAAACACAUUCCGGUGUCUUUAGAAGGCACUAGUUUAACUCCGUUUGUUUCAUAACAUGUGGUGGUGAAAAAAGAAAUUACAUCUUUUGAAACAGAACUAAGAGAAUAAUUCAAGUUUGUUCUUGCUGUGGUUUCCCCAAACAGGCUGCAGAGGCCAAAUAGAGCCAGUCUCUGCUGACCCCGAGCCUAUUCCUUUGAUACCGCGAGCAGGACGCUCUCAACCUAUCAGGAGCCGCUCCCACGUGGCCGUUCCUCACAUCCCUGCUCUCCUCUGUAUUGUCAUUUAGUACUAACGAGGACUUCAUGAGUCCGUCCGUCCACCAGCAUCCGUCCACCAGCUGGCCGUGCAUGAGAUACAGAUGCUUCGCCAUUUGUUUGUGUCUCCCCGUUCUGCUCCGAUAUUACGGGGAGGGGUGAGGGAGCAGGGGGAUUUCAAACGUAAUUUGUGCAUCUCUUCCACCUCCACAAAGUAAUAAAUAAAUGCCCUGAAGCUCAA